AACAGAGUAUUCUCAUUAAUUUUCAUUUUUUUAAAACAAAAUAUUCCUGCAAACCAAAGUUGCAGGAACUCCUUCUACUGUUGCCGUGUCAACCAAUGAUAGGUUGUACACUUGAAUAUAUACAAUUCAAUAAAAAGGUACAGCUUUAACAUUAUAUUUUAUAUAGGAUUUAUUUAAAUAAUUUAAACUACUUUUUUAUUUUAUCUUUUUAAAGUGGUGUUACUGGUGUUUUGCGUUUUUGUGAAAACCGUAAAAAGUGUGUGAAUGCGGGCGUGUCAGGAAGUAGAUUCCAAAUUGUGAACUUAACUUCUGAAAAAGCGAUUGGGGUUUGGUUAAACUUAUUACAAGUACUCUAAAAAAUUAAUGCUGAGAACUUGAAUGAAAAUAAAGAAAUUCAAUCGUAAAGUUCUUUACUGAUUGAAAAUUGAGAAUACAAAGUGUUUAUGAGUUUUUACCUUUGGUCUGGUUUUUGUUGGAUUUGAUCGGAGGCCAAAAUUGUUCUGCUUCCUUCUUAUUUAUAGCCCUUUGAAAACUAUUGCUUGAGUUUUGCUCUUCAUCUGCCCACUAUCUCCACCACGAUGCCUUCCACUUUCAGAACUGUCUUGCUUCUAGAAAGAACACGUGGGUUUCUGGCUUCUGGGCUUUUCACUUCCGUCAUCAAUAUUAUGGGCUUGGGCUUUUAAUCUUGGACAUCAAUUGUGGACUUCUAACCUCUUGGAUUUAAUGUUUUAAUUGCUUGGACCUUCAAAAUUUAACCUCUGAAAUCAUCUUCUGGUCAAAGGUCUAAUUUUGGUUAAAACCUCUGAAAUUCAUAGUCAAACCUCUGUGAUUAACUUCUGAAAGUAAUCUUCAAGGUCAAAUUGGUCAAACCUCUGAAAUUCACGGUCGAACCUCUGAAAUUAAUCUUCUGAAAUUAAUCUUCUGUCAAAGGUCAAAUUGGUCAAAUCUCUGAAAUUAAUGGUCAAACCUCUGAGAUUAAUAGUCAAACCUCUGAAAUUCACCUCUGUCAAAUGCAUUAAUCUUCUCAAAUGCCGAAUCUUCUGAAAUCAACUUUUGAAAUUAUCCACGUAGCUUUUCUAUUCUUUUAAAAGAAUUUGUGCUUUUAUGGCCUUUUGGCCAUAUUUUUAAUUUUGGUGCAAACAAUGCCCCAUAUAUAAUUGGCUUUUUAGGAAUAAAGCCAUUUAUAUAAAUUCUUUUAGCCAAAAUUUAAAAAUUUAGCUUUCACCAUGAUUAAACCUAAGGUUUUAUUUUUUCAAUUUGAUAAGGAUUUUUGGAAGGGAGAAAAUCCUUUAUGUGAUUGGAAUUUAAAAAUUUCAAGCAUUGACCAAAGUGUAAAAAGUGAAAGAGAUUUUAAAAAAUCAAAACAAAUUGCAAUCUUCUUCUUCCCCAAAAAUAUUAGAGUAAAAUCCUAAUCUCUCAAAAAUUAAAAUUAAUUUGUCUCAAUCUACUCCAAUCCACAAGCAAAACAUGUCACAAAUUAGAGAUGGAGAAGACCAAGAGCCACCGAUCACCACCACAAACCGGGCGGUCAGCAGCUCUCAACCGGAGAGCAGCGGUCCGGCUUCUCUUCCAUUCUCGGCGGAUCCUCUUCUCAGCUCAGCUGCUGUUUCGGCCGGGAUUCUCCCAUCGGUAGCAGGUUUUUCACAGGUGGCAGCAGAUCCGGCGGCCCCAGUUCUCCCGGCGGCGUCCAACAGCUGGCCGCUGCAGGCUUCUUACGGCGGCGUCCCUCUGCACGUUCCGAGCAGUACCGCGACUGCUCCUUCCAACAUCAGUCCGCUCAGCCAAGAGUUCGACCGGUAGCAACCUCCCAGCGACCAGCGGCAGCAGCCCUCCGGUAACCAGCAGCAGCAGUGGGUCUGCUCUCCUCCCCCGCAGCUCGGCAAUGACCCUAUGCCAGAAGCAGCGAACGGCGGCCCUUCUCUCUCGGUAGCACCAAUUCCGGCGGGCAGCAGGUCUUCGGCAGUAGCUACUCCUUUUGAACUUAAUUCGGCUUCUAUUCCGAAUAAGGUGUGUGUGACUCCCAAAGAGUUACACUGUUCUCCUUUAGCAACCAAUCCUUUGCAAAAAGACCUGUUUUAGUCUACAGGUUCUCUUGCUUUCAAGAAUGCCAUUUUUUUCUGAGUUUGCGGCAAGUAAGCCAGCUUUUAACUCUUCGCCAUGAUAACCAAUUCCACUAUUUUAAUAGGUGUAGGAUCUCGAGCUUUAAUCAUUCUGAUUUCUCCUCAACUUGCGGCACUCCCCAACCGAAAGCAAAUCAUUGAAAAGGAUUUCUAUUCACAGAUUCUGGAUCAGGAUCUUCUUGCCCCUUUCCCUCCUUACAUCCUCUUCAAGAAUACUUCCUUGGUGCCUAACUCCAAGCACGGUCUUAUUAUAUGAGGGAUUGGCAACAAGAGUGUUCCAGAAGAUCCUCCAUUCCCAGUGCAGAAGACAGAUUCAUUAUUAGUGAAUUAUGAAGCUAAAGAUAUUACAAGACUCUUUAGUUGGAAAUAAGUCAUGGCCGCGGCUAACUACCGGAUGGACAUUUUGGAUAGCCCGCUUGCGACUUUAUUUUAAAAGAGAUUGGGAAAGGCUUGGCUUGCUUCAACUGAUAAGAAUGAGUGAACAAACUUUUGACUUCCAGCCUGGUAUGUGUAGGUCAUUUCUUCGAUAUUGGAGUUCCUCUGCCAAUUCCUUCCUUUUCCCUUGUGGUCCCAUGUCUGUUACUCUGAAGGAUGUCUUUAUGCUUACCGGACUUCCAGUUAUUGGUUUUGAUGCUCCUUGUUUAUUUGAGGUAGACAAUAAACAGUUGUUUUCUUGUCCGGACUAUCAAAGCUACAAGGCAUGCAUUGAGAAGUGGUGUAGAAGAAUGGAGACCCCUUCUUCGCAAGAACACACAGAGUUUUUAUGGGUUCUCAUCUGUAAGUUUAUUUUAUGCACCCCUUCUGCCACUCCUACAAAGGAAUCUCUGAGGUUGGCGAAUAAAUUGGCCAAUGAGACUUUUGUGGCUCUAGGGUCUGUAUUUCUAGGUGCUCUUUAUCAUGCUCUUCAACAGUGUGUUACCAACAAGCCCUUAGCCAGAUUAGGAGGUCAUAUGUGGUUGUUACAGCUGUGGAUCUUUUCUUACUUUCCUGAGCUCAAGGGUAAAGUACCAGGUCCUCUUCGUAUGACCAUUGCGGAUCUUUUGGAGGCAAAGUGUUGUCUUGAGGAAGGUGCGGUUUUUAACUUUUUGGGAGCUUUGACUACUAGAGAGGCAUCUGCCAUCUCAUUUUUUGACCUCCCUCAUCAUAUGCCUCUUUGGAUGUCUAUCUUUUCUGGUCACCGCAGUGCCCUUCUCUUGGUUAAGAGAAAGCUUCUUUGUGCUUUCACCACUUCCAGAGUGUUGUUUGUGGGAGGAUCCCAUGCUUUUUCUACUCGCUCUUCUAGCCAACAUCUUGUGUGGAAGAUAUAUAUGAGUAGUCGUUGGAGUAGACAGUUUGGGAUUGGUCUUGCCCAGAUCCAUCCUUUCUUGGUCCCUUAUGCUACUGUGACUGAGUGGACUAAGAGUGUUGUGGAAAAACUCUUAAAUAUGCAAAUUUACUAUCGUUGUCCUUUAGUAGAGAAUUUGUCCACUCCACAUGACUUUGCUUCUUGGUGGACGGAGCGGUUCCAAUUGAUCCGCUCCAUGCGUGCAGCCUCAACCCCUAAGAAGUCUAAGGAAAAAGCUAAGAGAAAGAGAAAUGAUUCCUUUUCAGAAUCCGCCGAAUCUUCUGAAAAAUCUUUUGAAAAAUCUUUUGAUGUUGAUGAACCUUCUGAAAAAAUGAAGCGGCCUAGGCGUUCCGAGAGAAUGGUGAAGCCGGUUAGGAAGGUUGAUGGUCCAAUGCUUGAUCCUGAUACUGUAAUUUUAGAUGAUGAUGACACACCGUCCUCUCCAUCUUCUUCUAUACGAGAACUGCUUUUUGAUGCUGCAUAUGAUAAGGAAGAAGAAAUCAAAGGCAUUGACACAGAAGUUGCCAAUGAUGAUGCAGAUGCUGCAUAUGACAAGGAAGAAGAAAUCAAAGGCAUUGACACAGAAGCUGCCAAUGAUGCUGAAGAUGGUGAAGUUGCUGAAACUGUAGGAGAGCAUCAAUCUGCAGCCUCUGUUUCGAAUUCUUCAGGUGCCGCUAUUGCUCCUUCAAGUGCCACUUCCAGUUCUUCAGGUGCCACUACCUCUUCCUGUGAGGAACCUAUAUCACAGAUCAAGAAGCUCUCUUCAAUCCUUACAGAAGAAGAAGAUUUGGUGGAUUUGAGCUUCUUGGAUGAGAUGGCUGCCCCCGAGGCUGGUGCUUCCUCGUUUCCUCUUCCGGGCGAUGUCCAUAAAGCCCUUUCUGCAGUCAAGCAAGUUCUGAGUCAACAUAUUUCUACCAUCACAGAUCCUCAAAAGGAGGAACUAGUUUCUUCUUUCAGCAUCUUGCGCCGUGUUCCAGAUUCCAUUAUUACUUCUGAGGUAGAGAAUGAGAUUCUUGAUUUGCUGAACUUGUGGAGGUCUAGUGUGGAGGUCGAGCGCAGUGACCUUCCAAAAUUGGAUUCCUCCAAGGCAGAUAAUGCCUUGUACUUGUCUUUGGGAUCCGAAAAGCGAGAAGUGACCGAGAAGAUUCGGGACAUUGAAGCUAAGGGUGAAGCAUUUGAAAAGGAAAUUCAGAAGCUGGAGGAAGCCAUUGACGCCUUGAAAACCCAGCAACUGGAACUCUUAGAGGCUUGCAAGCCUCUAACUACGAAGUAUCAAGAGAUUGUCUCUCAGUUCCAGCCUCUGCAUGUUAUCAUCCGAGAAAAAAGGCAUGAUAUGACCAUAUGGGUCAAAAAUUGUGCUAAGGCUCGCCAGGACAAAACAGAUUGCCAGUCCAAGUAGGUCAAGUUGCAGCAGCUUUUCUCGGAUUCACUUUCUACCUCCAUGCCUCCAUCCUCUUCCCCUACAACAACAGUUCUUUGAUGAAAUUUUUUUUUUACUUGAACUGUUUUUAGGAUGGCUUGUUUUUAGACAUUGUGACCUUUUUUAGACCAAUAGGACUUUUCCUUUGGCUUUUCUUUUUAU